CGCGGGCCACAAUUGAAACUACCCGAAGCGUUUGCUUAUGCUUUUUUGUUGCCGGCAAACCUGAGGUUCAACUUUUCAAAUUUAGAACGCGACCAUUUGUGGUGAUACCUGAGUCUUAUACGGGUCAGUGUCGUCAAUUCCAGCGAGCGCUUUUCUAAGUAACUUACAAAACUGCAAGAACAACAACAGCAAAACGUACCAAAUCCCAUUAACAAAAUGACCGAUGUAUCGCAUGAAUUGGGCGCCCUACGCUUUGUAGUGGACUCGCCGCUAUCAUCAAAGGUGGCCAUGUUUAACAACCAGGCGACACAGCAUAAGCAGUCGCAGUUAUUGAACCCAUUCUCGCACGACGGACGCGCACCGUCGCCCAAACCGACUUUCUCCAAGGAUCAGUAUGGAAAGCCGCUGGCCGGCAGUCUGACAGAGAUGCGCGGCCAGAAGGCCAAUAUGCAUGUAAUGAAGGAAAUGCUGGAGCUGUGCCAGAUCAUUGACUCCGAGGGCUAUCAAGUGAAGGACGAGCCCACCAUGCGCGUCAUACCCUUUGGGGAGUUGUUCAACAUUUAUAACUACAUUUCGGACAAAGUUGUUGGCAUCCUGUUGCGAGCCCGCAAGCACAAGCUAUUGGACUUCGAGGGCGAGAUGCUGUAUCAGCGACGCGAUGACGAUGUGCCCAUCUUUCUGCUUCGACCCAUUGCGGAAAUUCGCCGCGAGUUGAAUGCCAAGGUUGAGGAAAUUAAACGGGGCGCCAGUCCAGCGCCUCAGUCUACAUCGGUGCUGCUCGACAAAAGUGCACACGAGCAGAAUCUAAAAGUGCUGGAGGAGAAGCGACGCGCGUCCAAGUCACGUACACCCUCGCCGGCUGUCAAGUCGAAAUCAAAAUCAAAAUCACCUUCGCCUGCAGCUGCCGACAAAACGGAGGUCGUACCAGCUGAAGCUGCAGCAGCAGCAGCAGCACUACCAGCGGCAGCUCCCGUUGCAGCAGCAGCAGCACUACCAGCAGCAGCUCCCGUUGCAGCAGCAGCAGCAGCAGCACUACCAGCAGCAGUUCCCGUUGCAGAAGCGGCUGCCGUUGCACCUACUGCAACAACAGUUGAGGCAACUGUGCCAACUGUUGUCAUCGAUCAGCCGCCUGCAGUGGAAAGUGUAGCUAAAAAAGAAGUUACGCCAGAAGCUACAAUAGAGCAGGCACAGCCGGCAAGCGCAUCUCAAACGGAGGCAGCGCCCCCCGUAGUUGCUUCGACUAUUACUCCAGCUGCUGCUGCUCCUGCUGAUGCUGCUCCAGCUGAAGCUGCACCAGCACCUGUUGCUCCUAGUGCUGCUGCAACUGAAUCCUUAAAUGAAUUGCCCACAAUUGUUAUUGAAGCCAGCGCAACAUUUGUUCGCACGGUCAGUGUUGAGCCGGUUUCGGAACAAGUUUCAGGGCAGACAUCAGAGCAGGUGGUAACAGCCGAGAAUGCCUAAAGUAAAAAGAGCGCAUGGAGUUCAACAACCGGACUUUUGGGAACGUUUUGAAAUAAUUCGCAAACUAGUAAAGCGGCAGCUUUAAAUUGCAGUAAUCUAGAUUUAAAGCAUAGUUUAACUUUAUAAUUAGGUGUUUAAACAGCACUGAAGACACUAAAA